AACAAUUUUCCACAUCAAAAAAUGAGACCUUUUUCAUCGUUGAAAGUCAACACUAUGGUUUUAGAUAUUUCGAUAAUGAUCAUUCCGAGGAGGGUCUGGAACGAUUUAAGAAGAAAUUUUUUACGUCAGAUUUAUUGAAAAUCGACAAAAAAUUAUUACAUUUCCAUUCAUUAUUUAGUCAUUAUAGGAUAGUAUUGGAACAACCAAAGAAUAUUCAUUUUAAUCAUCUAAUCCAUAGUAACUUUAUGAUUAAUAAUCCGAAAUUAUUGAAUAUAAGUAACAAAAUCAUGCAAAUAUUAGGUGGAAAAGGGUUUUACUUUGGUUUACAUGUCAGAGUUGGUGAUGGAUCAUUUCAAAAUCGGUUAAAAGAAAAUUUAAAAUUCAUCAAUGAUGAAUUAAAAAAAUUCCUUAAAAACAACACAAUUCCAUCUUUAGAUACUAGUUACUUGAAUAGUAACGAAAAGAAGAAGGAAUAUUCGACUUAUAGUCUACAGGAGUGUUUAGCUCAUAAUUUACCUAUUAUUUACAUUGCAACGGAUGCGAAAAAACCCAUCAAAACACUUAAAUUCCUAUAUGAUAGAUUUCCAUGUAUCUUUACUUUAAUUGAUUUUAACACCGAUUUAAAAAAAUUUGGUAAAACUUCAAGUAAUUUUGCUCCGAAUAUUGACCUACUUAAAUUUUACAUACCUAUAAUUGAUUAUCUUAUAGUAUCUUACGGUGGGGUUUUUAUCGGUACUGUAAAUAGCACCUUUUCAAGAAUGGCUUAUGAAGUGCAUGAUUUGUAUAGGGAUGGAGAAUUCAAACAUCAUUUUUAA